AUGAAAAUAAACUUCAUAACAGUGGUUUCUUCCGGUGUGAGCAAUUCAUUUGAUAUGACAAGGACGAUUAUUUCAAAGACACCAAAAUAGUCGUCGAAAGUCCGGAACAUCAUGUCCAAUAAUAAAGACGGACUCCUUCAUGCACUUAGGUUGCAAGUUCAAUUCCUGUCGGAAGGAACUACUUCGUAAUGUGUUUAGACACCAUACAUAUAUGACCCCAUGAUUUAGAGCCUAUUUGCAUAUCCGAAGAAAAAAAAUUAUACAUAAACUGUACUUUUUUUGAAAAUUAAUUUAGAUUUUUUCAUAAGUCCAAGAUAUUCCCGUGUUAAACAAAAAAAAGGUUGUUGAAGGAAAAAUGACUACUUUUCAAUAAAAAAUGUAAAGGACUAACAUGUGAUGAUAAUCUUGGUUUCAUUAAUACCAGAAAAGAUCUUCGUUUCAUUAAUUAUUUUCAUAUUAUUUAUUUAAUAUUUUACACCUUGCGCCAUGUAUGCUAUCUACCUACUUAAUAAUGGUAAAAAAUCUAGUCACAUUAAAGCGCCGGUAAUAGAAAAAAAUCAUUUAGUCACAUGGUGAUUUAUUUAAUAAAUAAGUCAAAGAAAGCGAACUGGUUUACGCGGUAAAGAUUAUUUAAUUUCAUAGUUUAAUAUUUCCCACUCUGUGUCGCCACAUUUAUGCCCUAGCUUUCUCUCUAUUUAAGCUCUUCUACAUGGCUUUGUAUUUCUCAGAAUACCAUUAAGCCCUAAUUACUUUCUGAGUAUUUAUUUGAUAAGUCUCUUUACUAGGCUAAGUAAAAUGGCAAUUAAGCUUGCACUUGUAGUGACACUCUUACUAGUCUCAUGCGCUAUUUCAAAGGGAAGAUCCCUUAGAUUUUCGACAAAACAACUUGAUCGUUACAGUUUUACUCCUGGUUUUAGUUUUGGUGUUGGUUCUUCAGCUUAUCAGUAUGAAGGUGCAGUCGCAGAAGGAGGGAGGACACCGAGCAUUUGGGACAACUUCACACAUGCAUAUCCAGAAAGGACGAAUAUGGAAAAUGGAGAUAUAGCCGUUGAUUUUUAUCAUCGAUAUAAGGAUGACAUUAAGUUGAUCAAGGAAAUGAAUAUGGACACUUUUAGAUUUUCCAUCUCUUGGUCAAGAAUAUUACCAAGUGGAAAACUAAGCGGUGGGAUAAACAAAGAAGGAAUUCAAUUCUACAAAAAUCUCAUUGAUGAAAUUAUCAAGAACGGCAUAAAACCUUUUGUAACUAUCUACCAUUGGGAUAUCCCCCAAGCUCUAGAUGAUGAGUACGGUGGAUUCUUAAGCCCACUAAUCAUUGAUGAUUUCCGGAACUUUGCAAGAGUGUGCUUCCAAGAAUUCGGUGACAAAGUGGAUAUGUGGAUAACGUUUAACGAGCCAUAUAUUUAUAGUGUUGCGGGUUAUGACAAGGGUAAUAAAGCAAUGGGACGUUGCUCAAAAUGGGUAAACAGCUUAUGUGUAGCUGGUGAUUCCAGCAUCGAACCUUAUUUAGUCUCUCAUCAUCUUCUUCUAGCUCAUGCUGCAGCCGUUGACGAGUUUAGAAAUUGUGACAAGAUCUCACAAGAUGGUAAGAUAGGCAUAGUGUUAUCACCUUUUUGGGUCGAACCUUAUGACGUUGAUUCCGAUGCCGAUAAAGAAGCAGUCGAACGAGCUCUUGAUUACUAUCUUGGUUGGCAUCUUGAUCCUCUAAUCUUUGGAGAUUAUCCAAAAACACUUCGAAAGAACGCUGGAAAUAGAUUGCCUUCUUUCACCCAAAAACAAUCUGAAAUGAUAAAAGACUCGUUUGAUUUUAUUGGAAUAAACUACUACAGUGCUCGAUAUGUCACACGGCAGCUUCGCAGCGACCCUUCACGACUUCGUUUCACGACGGAUCAACACGUGGAGUACAAAGUGAAAAAUCGAAGCGGCGAUUACAUUUCUUCAGAAUCGGAUGAAUUAGGAUUUAUCUAUGUAUAUCCCGAGGGCAUACGAAAGCUUCUAAAUCAUAUUAAAAAUAAAUACAACAAUCCAACCAUCUACAUAACUGAAAACGGUUAUGAUGACUACGAUGUUGGGACUAAGCCACGUGAACAACUAUUAAAGGACAUAAAGAGAAUCGAAUACCACGAGCAACAUCUUCAAGAACUCCAUAAAGCUAUCACUGUGGACGGGUGUGAUGUUAGAGGCUAUUCCACAUGGUCGUUGUUGGAUAAUUUCGAAUGGGAACGCGGAUACACGAUGAGGUUUGGUCUUUACUACGUUGACUAUGCAGAUGAUCUGAAAAGAUAUGCUAAAGAUUCAGCCAAGUGGUUCAAAAAAUUUCUCGAGAAAAGGGAGCAAUCGACACCGUUGGACAUGUACAAGAGUAUCAAGAAAUGGUUGUCUGUGCUGCAGACGAUAUAACCGAGUCCUUGCCUAUGGGAAAUGAUAGAAAUUAGAUGCAUAGUUGAUACGCACGCAAUCAUGUUUUGUACAAGGUUAAUUUGUAAUUUUUGCAGCAGUACCCCUAGAACAGUAAAUUCUGGAUCUUUGUACAUGAAGUAUACUAUUAUAAUAAAAACAGACCUUGUAUUUUAAUAGGUUCCACAAGCUUUUCCUUUCAAUUUGAUAGUUUGAUUGAUCUAGUCAACUACAUUGGUUAUAUUACCAGUAAGAGUUGUGAUUUUGAUUUACAAACAUAUUUAAGUUAUUUAUACAAAGAGUAAUACGCAGAGAAAAAAUUACGACAAAAAGAUUCAUAUAUAUAUAUAUUUCAUUGUCGGUAACUCUCACAUUUUACUAUAAAAAAAAUUGAUACGAGUAACUAAAAGUCUAAACACACACAAAAGAAUAUUGGGUAAGAAAAAG